GAUGGCAACCUCCAAGCAUCAAGAGAGAGACAUUCCAUCCCUUAACAAUGGCAGAAGCGACAAUGAAGGGAGAUACAAGGUAUCAGUGAGUGGUCCAAGUUUCCACAUAGAGUGCACCCUCUAUCGUUCCAAUCAAUGCUCGGUGUUGGUUACAGAUCACCGUGGAGGGAGACAGACAAAGAUCGUUGUUGAUGUUAAGGAAGAAGAUACCUCAGAGAUACCGCCAUUGAGUGUGCAGACUACGGAUCAUCAUGAUGGAAACAGCGGUGUGGAGUCGGACAGACCUGAUCAAGAAAUGACAGAAAUUUCUUUAUAA